GCACGCCACAAACUGCAAAACUUGACAGCGGCCCACUUUCCUCCGUCUCCUCCGUUCUUCAACAUACUGUACAGUACUUCUAGCACCUAUAACACGAUGUCAGCAACUACCAAGAACAAACAGGCUACAAGAUGCAAGUACUGGGACAAGUGCUAUAGGCGCAACCCACAGCACCUUGCCGACUUCAUCCACCCAGACUCGGAAGCCGAUGCCGAGUUCGAAACGGACGGCGACUCAGACGUCGGCGUUGGAAGAGUCUCGACGGUCGGUGAUGAGGAAGACAACGACAACGACAACAGCCCCGGCGUCGGCGUCGGCAAGGACGGCGAGGAGGAGAAUGGUGGCGAUGCACUCGGGGACAUUGCUAUCGAUGGGGAUACAGCACCUGAAGACGUAGUUGAAGUGAACGAGGAGGGUGAGGAGCGAACGGCAGCCGGGCAAACUCCACCAGAAGACCACAAGCCGGAUGAUGACGAUGAAGAGGAUGAAAGUAAAGACAAAGACUUGGACUUUAUCAACGGCGUGGCCCCAAAGAAGCUCCUAAAGGAUGGUGACACCGUCGAUUGCGCUUCCAAAUCCAGCUCUGCCGUGUACAAGAUCAAGCGAACGGGUGAUCAUUACUAUUGCACUUGCCCGGCCUGGAGAAAUCAAGGAGGGGUCCCUAUCAACGCGAGAAGCUGUAAACAUCUCAAGGAAGUCCUGGGUGACGCAUACGAGUCCGCAAGAUGUGGGCAAGUCAACGCAUCUGCUUCGUCGGAUGGCAAAAGCACUGAUGCGAAACGGAAGCGCGGGAACGCUGGCGCUGCAGCUGGUCCUGCAGCGAAAAAGGCGAAAGCCAUCGCACCAGCGCUUAUCUUGGCCAAUAGCUGGGACCAGGUGUCAGGUCCCGACCCUACCGGCUGGUGGGUGUCGGAGAAGCUCGAUGGAGUCAGAGCAUUGUGGGAUCCGGUUAGGCGCCAGUUUGUCAGUCGGCUUGGAAAUCCUUUCACAGCUCCGGAUUGGUUCAUUGAUGCGAUGCCUACGAACAUGUCAUUGGACGGAGAGCUUUUCUGCGGACGGGGAAAGUUCUCCCAAACAGUCAGCGUCGUGAAGACCAUCGACUCCAAAUUGUGGCACACCCUGAAAUUCCACGUAUUUGACGCGCCAUCGCUGACAACGAAACAGUUUGAACGUCGAUUGGAAGAUAUCGCAAGUUUCUUCCGCGCAAAUCCUGCGGUGCAUGUACAUCUGGUCGAGCAAGAGAAGUGUACCGGAAAAACACACCUGCUGAAGCGGCUGAAGGAAGUGGAAGAGAAGGGCGGCGAAGGGCUGAUGUUGCGGAAGUCGCAGAGCUUAUACGAGGGGAAACGAAGCCCAACCCUCUUGAAGAUCAAAUCAUUCUACGAUGCUGAAGCUGAAGUCACUGGAUACGAGCCUGGAAACGGCAAGCACAAAGGCGUAUGCGGAGCGUUACAGUGCGUCAUGGAAUCUGGGAAGAGGUUCAAGGUUGGAACUGGACUCGCCGACGCGCAACGGCGGAAUCCACCGAAGAUUGGAGAUAUCGUGACCUAUCGCUUUCAAGAGUUGACAAAUGACGGAGUCCCUCGGUUCCCGUCUUACAUCGGUGUACGGGUCGACGCAAAUGGACCCAAAGACUACGUCUUCCCG